GCGCAUGCGUGUGACUAGUUAUUGACGUCACGUUUUUUCCACAAUGGCAUCAAAGUCGUCUACCAGUGUUGGAGGUGGUCGUGCUCCAAGUGGGGCCUCCAAAGCGGUCGCAAAAUCGGCCGGAGGCGCAGUGAGACAAAGGACGAAGGCCAGUACGACGAGCUCUAAACCCAAAUCUGUUGCUGCUGGCAGCAGUGGCAUGUUGAGGUUCUAUACAGAAGACUCACCGGGAAUCAAAGUUGGUCCUGUUCCUGUGAUGGUGAUGAGCAUUCUGUUCAUAGCGUCUGUCUUUUUGCUGCACAUCUGGGGGAAAUAUAGUCGAUGAACUGUGGCUUGUACACAUCAAUAUUUUCUCUUUGUGAAUAUAAUAGACCAGUUGACUGGAAA